AGGUGACCCAGCCAUGAAGUUUUUCCUAUUGGCAGCAGCUUGCUUGACUUUGGUGUACGUCGCGGAGGCAUCUAGCGAUUUCGCCAGGUAUAAGUCGCAGUACAGGAAGGAUUACCCAAGCGAUUCCGUCGAACGCUACAGAAAGAAGGUUUACAAACAGAAUGAGAAGUUCGUGAACGAACACAAUGCACGCUACGAGAGAGGAGAAGUUACAUACAAGAUGGCUCUCAACCAUUUGGCAGACAUGCACCCGAGAGAGUUCAUGGCAACGUUCCUUGGGUUCAACAGAUCCCUAAGAGCCACCAACAAAGUCCCGGAAGGCAUCCCUUUCCGUCGCAGCAAAGACGCCGUCAUCCCGCAGGAAUUUGACUGGAGGCAGAAGGGAGCCGUCUCCCCAGUCAAGGACCAAGGACAUUGUGGUUCAUGUUGGGCCUUCAGUUCGACCGGAGCAUUGGAGGCACACACCUUCCUGAAGACAGGAAGGCGGGUAUCCCUCAGUGAACAGAACCUGAUCGAUUGCUCAUUGAACUAUGGCAACAACGGCUGUGAGGGAGGUCUCAUGGAACAAGCCUUCCAAUACGUCAAGGACAAUGAUGGAAUCGAUACUGAAGAGACCUACCCAUACGAAGGAGAGGAUAGUGAAUGCAGGUUCAAGAAAAACAAUGUAGGAGCCACUGACGCUGGAUUCGUGAGCAUCCCCACCGGUGAAGAACAAGUCUUAUUGGAAGCCGUCGCAACUCAAGGUCCACUUUCUGUAGCUAUCGACGCAUCUAACCCCAGUUUCCAAUUCUACUCUGAAGGAGUAUACUUCGAGCCUGAAUGCAGCAGUGUUCAGCUGGAUCAUGGUGUCUUGCUCGUCGGAUACGGCGUAGAGAAGGGUCAGAAGUACUGGUUGGUUAAGAACUCCUGGAGUGAGCAGUGGGGUGAGGACGGUUACAUCAAGAUGGCAAGGAACAAGAACAACAACUGUGGUAUCGCCACUCAGGCGAGCUAUCCAAUCGUCAAAGGCGGUAGGCAAAGCAGUGAAGAGAGUUCAGAUUCUUCUCAGUAAUGGGUCGAUGAUAUCCUAACUUACAGUCUCUGAAACUACAUUUCAUUUCAUAUCUUGUGGUUAAGUACAGAAUAAAGCGAACAAUUUCCUCUCCCUAUUUAUUGUAAUACCCACUUUUUUUAAAUGAAAAAUUU